AUGAAGCUCCAACUCAUCCUCCUAACUUCAGCAGCCUCCGCCUUGGCCCUGCCAGUAAGACCGACCUCCCUCUUUCCCCAUAAAAAUCUCACGAAAUAACUCUCCCUUACCAGGUCGCUCAAGUCGCCGGCGUUGCAACGAAUGGUGCCACCGACAGCACCGGAACCGGAGGCGGAGUCGCAGCCGCAGCACCUGCCAUCGGUCUGGGAGCAGGUGGUGGAGCAAACAGCAACAGUGCCGGAGGCGGUUUGGGUCUCGGCGUUGGCGACCUUGUUGGUGUCGAGGUGGCCGGUGGGAUCAACACCGCUCCGGGAGGUGGUGUAGGUGAAGGUGUAGCCGUAGCAGCUCCUGGCGUUGGACUAGGAACUGGCGCCGGUGCUGGCGGAGAUGGAGCUGGAGCCGGAACUGGUGCUGGUCUUGGCUAG